GCCGCCACCGCCGCUGCCGCCGCCGCCGCCGAAGCCGCAGCCGCAGCCAACAUGGCGGACCUGGAGGCCGUGCUGGCCGACGUGAGCUACCUGAUGGCCAUGGAGAAGAGCAAGGCCACGCCGGCGGCGCGCGCCAGCAAGAAAAUCGUGCUGCCCGAGCCCAGUAUCCGGAAUUUAAUGCAGAAGUAUCUUAAUGAAAGAGGUGAAUUAACAUUUGACAAGAUUUUCAAUCAGAAAAUUGGUUUUUUGCUUUUUAAAGAUUUUUGUUUAAAUGAAAUUGAUGAAGCUGUCCCUCAGGUGAAGUUUUAUGAAGAGAUCAAAGAAUACGAAAAGCUUGAUUCUGAAGAAGAACGUCUCCAAAGGAGUCGGCAAAUUUAUGACACGUUCAUAAUGAAGGAGCUUCUGUCUUCUUCCCAUGUAUUCUCAAAGCAAGCUGUAGACCAUGUACAAACUCAUCUAGCCAAGAAAAAAGUGCCCUCAAACCUUUUUCAGCCAUACAUAGAAGAAAUUUGCGAUAGUCUUCGGGGCAACAUAUUUCAAAAAUAUAUUGAAAGUGACAAGUUCACUAGAUAUUGUCAGUGGAAAAAUGUAGAGCUAAAUAUCCAUUUGACCAUGAAUGAUUUCAGUGUACAUAGGAUUAUCGGCCGAGGAGGAUUUGGUGAAGUAUAUGGUUGCAGAAAAGCUGACACUGGAAAAAUGUACGCAAUGAAAUGCUUAGAUAAAAAGAGGAUCAAGAUGAAACAAGGAGAAACCUUGGCUUUAAACGAGAGGAUCAUGUUGUCUCUUGUCAGCACGGGGGACUGCCCUUUCAUUGUGUGCAUGACCUAUGCCUUCCACACCCCCGACAAGCUGUGCUUCAUCCUGGACCUGAUGAAUGGGGGAGACUUGCACUAUCACCUCUCACAGCACGGGGUGUUUUCGGAGAAGGAAAUGAAGUUCUAUGCUGCCGAAAUCAUCCUGGGCUUAGAGCACAUGCACAACCGUUUUGUGGUUUACAGAGAUCUGAAGCCUGCGAAUAUCCUUUUGGAUGAAUACGGACACGUGAGGAUAUCCGAUCUUGGGCUUGCCUGCGAUUUUUCCAAAAAGAAACCGCAUGCUAGUGUCGGAACGCACGGCUACAUGGCUCCCGAGGUGCUGCAGAAGGGGACGGCCUACGACAGCAGCGCCGACUGGUUCUCGCUGGGGUGCAUGCUCUUCAAGCUUCUGCGCGGCCACAGCCCUUUCCGACAGCACAAAACCAAAGACAAGCAUGAGAUCGAUCGGAUGACGCUCACAGUGAAUGUGGAGCUUCCAGAUGCAUUUUCUCCUGAAUUAAAGUCCCUUUUGGAAGGAUUGCUACAAAGAGAUGUUAGCCAGCGACUUGGCUGCCUGGGAAAUGGUGCAGAGGAAGUCAAAAGCCACAUAUUUUUCAAAGGAGUCGACUGGCAGCACGUCUACUUGCAGAAGUAUCCUCCACCGCUGAUCCCUCCCCGGGGUGAGGUAAACGCCGCAGAUGCUUUUGAUAUCGGCUCAUUUGAUGAAGAGGACACCAAAGGCAUUAAGCUGCUGGACUGUGAUCAGGAGCUGUACAAGAACUUCCCUCUGGUCAUAUCGGAGCGCUGGCAGCAGGAGGUGGCCGAGACCGUGUACGAGGCCGUGAACGCGGACACCGACAAGAUGGAGGCCAGGAAGCGGGCCAAAAACAAGCAGCUGGGCCACGAGGAAGAUUACGCUUUAGGGAAAGACUGUACUUUACACGGAUACAUGUUGAAGCUGGGAAAUCCAUUUUUGACGCAGUGGCAACGACGUUACUUUUACCUCUUUCCAAACAGACUUGAGUGGCGGGGGGAGGGAGAAUCACGGCAAAACUUAGUUACAAUGGAUCAGAUCGUCUCAGUGGAAGAAACUCAGAUUAAAGACAAAAAAUGCAUUUUGCUGAGGAUAAAAGGAGGAAAACAAUUGGUCCUACAGUGUGAGAGUGACCCCGAAUAUGUUCAAUGGAAAAAAGAAUUGAUAGAAACCUUUACUGAGGCUCAGAGGUUACUACGGCGGGCUCCAAAGUUCCUCAACAAACCCCGACCGACGGUUGUUGAGCUUUCGAAGCCUCCGCUCAGCCACAGAAAUAGCAAUGGCCUUUAAGGAGAGACUGUCACUCCCUCCCCUUAAAGCGCGCCACGAAGUACUGUGUCCCCACCCCCACGCAGGCGCCGCGGCAGAGGAGGACGCGAGUGGGAGUUUGGGCACAGGCUGCUCGGCCGGCCUGGACGCGGCGGCCAGGGCUGGAGAAGGUGGCGGAGGAAUUCUGAGGAAGGGAAGCCAGGGGCUGCUGGCUCGCAGCGGCUGCUUCUGCUCUCCUGGCGCUGCCCGGCACUGGCGGGAGCCACCCAACUUUAAACUACUGAAGAAAGGAAGAUGGUUUUCUUUGCUACUCACUUUAUCGUGGUCUGUGUGAGCCCGGAGCGUGGAGCUCCUCGCCCUUUGGCGGCGCCGUCUGGACCUUCUCGGAAGGAGCUGGGGACCCCCGGUGGGGAAGGGCGGGCUGCCUUUCGUGCUCCGGGUCCGUCGCCUUCACUCUGUGCCCCGGCGGCCAACGCGUGACUCCCGGUGCCCCGUAGAUGCCGCCGCCUUCCCGUCCCGGGCUUACGAGUUGUAGAUUCUUUGAAAACUUGCAGACUUCGAUCCGUCUCCUUGUCUGUCGUACUCACACGUAAUAGCUGCCACUGUUGUCCUUGUGACUUGGGGAUCUUCGGUCGCCGUUGAGGAAGGGGCUUAGAGGAACAGAAUCUAGAGUUCUGUUGUUGUAUCAGUUAGCGAUUCGUAGAUUUUAAGAAUGGUUGUUCAUGAACUUGAAGGCGUUUCUUUUCAAUUUCAGGGCAAAUUGCACUUUUAAAAACCUUUGAACCCAUUACACUCCAGUGGACGUGCUGAGGGAGAGCCUGGGUGGGGGGCUUUGGUACGUAUUCUUCAAAGUAGUUCUCCAGCUGUCCCUUUGACAGUUGGAGUUUUCUGUGUUUAAAAAAUGAGUGACCUUCCAGCGCAGUGAUUCUAGUUCUUCAUUCUGGCUGGUCCCUGCAAAUGUGUGUACAGGAGAGAUGACUUCAUAGGAUGAAGAAGAAAUCAUGUUGCUCCAUUUGCAUUUUUUGUAGAAUUAGACGCAAUUUUUAAUGAACGGGAGUUAAAAUUAUGAAAAGUGGGUGUCGCAAGUGGGUUUUUAAACAAUCUAUACAUACAGACACGCUUACAUACAGGCAGGCAGACCAGACAUGCAUACGUCCGCUUUCUUCGCCUAAUGCUUCUUCAUAUGUCCUAAGCAAAUGAAUUCUGCCCAGCAGGCUGUCACGGCCCGUUAGCAACGCCACAGCUCCCAGGGCUGAGCCAAUUCAGGAAUCUUCCUCCCGGUCACCUGUGGCUUAUUUCCCCUCUGUUCUGAGAUGCUCCUUCCGCGCCCAAACGAGCUCUCCGUCCUCAGAACUUUUUUUCUUUAUAGCAAAGUGCCAAGUGCCAACAGACUCAAGAAAUGGUUUCGAAAGUGACUUCUUUUUGUGUAUGUGUGCCAUUGUACCGUGCCUGUGGAAAAUAAUUAACAGUUUGAAGAUCCCGACUCUCUGUUCUGCCUUCCCUGCCAUCUGUCCUCAAGGUCUACAGAGGUGCCGUGCAUUUAUUUUUAAAUCUGAGCAUUGCGGGAGCUACAAAAGGAAGUCCCUUUAAUGCAUUACCAAUGCAGGGGCAGGGGGGAUGGCUCUCUUGAGGAGCCACCAAUAAAUUAUUUCAGUAAAUCUCCUGGAGAGAGAGCACUCCACCCACCUCCUCCUGCUGCUGCCGCUUCCUAUAGUAGCAGGGUCUAAAUUGGCUUGGAAGCUUAAUCCUAGAAUCUAAUGUUUGCUGAAAACUUCCUCCUAUUAUUAAAAGAACCAUGUUUAUCUCAGAUGACAGAAUCCUAAGCAAUAUACUUAAUUUUUAAAAAGCGACGUGCUCCCGAACACUUUCAUGGAGACUCCAGUUAGCUGCAACUCCCUCAUUAUAAGGCAGUCUCCAAGUUGUUGAAAGCAAUGCAGGCAAUGGCAUUAAAGGCAGUGAAUCCCACCCUGGCUCAAGGAAGCAGGACAGUUGCCUUAGAGACUUAGAGACUCCCCUGGGUUCUCUUGGGGCCGGUCCUUGGCAAUACAUCGGGGCCAAGUGGCCUUGCUCUCCCAGUGGGUCCCGAGAGGUCAGCAGAAAGAACUCCCCUUCCUGGCUGAGGGAUCACCCUCUGCUCAAUACCAGAUUCAGAGAUCAAAAGUGGCCAGAAGCUGCCACUGGCUCGGAUGGGAAUUCCCAGAAUUCACAUGUGGGUUCUAAAAACAUUACCGAAAGGAAUGAGCAGUAAGUGAUAAUGAUUGGGAACAGGUGAAGUCUCACCUGACUGUUGUUGCUCUUGGAAACCAGCAGGUCAAAUCCGGUAUAUUUGUUUGUAGGAUGUCAAAUCUGUCGGGUCGGGGAGAAGCAACCAUUCGCACGAGGAAAGGAGGCCCAGGGGAAGGAAAGGCUUGGUUGGACUCCAGGAAGGAGUCAGUGGUCGAAUGUUUUCUCCCAAAUUUCUGCUCAUUUCCCAUUAAGAUGGAACGGGGGAUUUCCAGAACCAGAAUAGGAAAGAUUGUGUUUAUUGUGCUCCUCGAUGCCCAGGGUGCUAAACAGAGUGUCCAUUUUUACUUUUCUACCAUAAAUGGAAUUGCGAUCGAACUGUAAAAUGCCUUGAUAUUUGUCGCUUCCCUUCACAUGUUUAGGGUUAAAAUUCAGUAAGUAAGCCUGUAAUUUAAAAAAAAAUUAUCUCAAUGCAGAGUAAGUUCCUAAAUUAUAUUUCAUUUCACCAACUUGUGUUUGAUUUUUAAAGUUCAGAUGAUUUAGGUAAUUGUCUGUGAAGAUAAUCUAAAAACGUAAGGAACAUAUUUGCAGCAUUUCAAAAUAUUUGACCAAGUACUUCUUCAUUUGAUAUUCAAAGGAAUAUCUAAAGAUGUCUUAAAAAAUCUAGAGAUUGUUUUCAUAGUUGAUAUAUGAUAAUUUAUGAACUUUAUUUUUUUAUCAUUGCAUUGUUAUUGAUGUAAAUUUUGUUGAUCCAAAAUGUCUGUGUUAAGAUUUUAAACAUUUAUUUUACUCAUUUCACGCUAUAGAAUUGGGGGCCGCAUUUUAUUUAGUGCUUCAGAAUAACACUGGCUCAGGAAUCAGAAGCCUUGGCUUCCUGUUCCAUCCCUGACGCUUCCUCCUCUGUCAGCUUGGGCAAGUCAUUUUGUCAUUUCUCACCUGUGUGUGCCUCAGUUUCCUCAUCUGUGAUCUGAGGGGAUUGGAUUAGAUGGCUUCCAAGGGCCUUUCUAGCCCUGGAUCUGUGUCCUAGAAUAAUUAUGUCUGAUCUGAUGAUGGUUUUUGGCCGAAUUUGCAGAAAUGGGCCAAUUGCCGCGAGAUUGCAAAGAAAGUAUGUAACAUGAAUGCGAUCUCCAUCGUAGUGACAACGCUCUGCAGGUAUCGAAAUCUCAGUGCUGGGGGGAAGAGCAAGCAAAAUUUUAUCCCUGUUCAGGUCAGGCCGGCAGCUCAGUUUCAGUUUGAGACGUGUGCACCGCACUUGGAGAGGCCCUAACCAGGCCCCUGUCAAAUGUGCCUUAGACAAGGUUUGGACACGUCCCCUCGAGCGUGACUCUGCCGGAGGGAUUCGAGCCUUCACUGUAAGAGACACAGAACAUUGCAUUGGGUGCCAUGGAAAAGGGGAUUUUGGGAGAUUGCCAAGUAAGCACAUGUCGUUAUCAGAGUCAUGUGGAACGGGGCCCUCCGGCCCAGGCUGCUGCUCUGGGUCCCGUGUGGCCCAGGUCAUUGAGCUCCAUGUUGGCAGUGGGUAAAGGGACUCACUGUGUGUGUGUGUGUGUGUGUGUGUGUGUGUGUGUCCACACUAAUUCCUCUCCUCUCUGAAGGGCUGAUUAUACCAGACCUGCCUGUCUCUUAGAAUGAAUCGUUUCUAAUGUUCAUCACCAUUUUCAUGUACCGGGUAGAAAGAAAACAAAAGUCUCCAAGUUGAGCUUUGUCAUGAAGACACCGUGUAAAUCUGUAUAGACACUGAUCACGUGCAGGGUGUAAGAGAAGCCGUGUCUGUGUUUGUGACGAUCUGCGGCUCGUCACCGUUAGGUUCAGGGAACUGCGUUCUGGAUGCUCCGUGCUGCUCUCAGUAACAAAGCCUGGCUUCCCGCUCCCUGUCCUGCCUGUGGGACCAGGGAGGCUCUGCCACUCUCUCAGAAUAAUUCAGGGAUGGGGGCAGGAGAGGAAUCUUUGUAGAAACGGGGGCGAGGAAGAGAUUUCAUUUAGAAAUAAAACAGGCCCCUUUGCCUCAAAGCACAAAAAUAAAUAUUUGAAAAUAACGGGGUUUUUUCCUCCCUUUGGCUUUUUGUAAAAUAUAAGUGAACGAUAAUGUCUGUGUCCUAAUGUUUUUUUUUAAUAAUGUGAGCUUGUGAGUUCAGUGGGAGUCUGGGUGUGUGCAUGAGUGAGAGUGAGAGCGAGCAAGAGUGAGAGAGAGCGAACACAUCAGCUUACAUCCAUAGGCCUGUACUCUGCUGUAUGGCUCGGAUUAAAUCAGAUUCAGGAGCUUAUCAUCAGAGUAUCCACACACAGGGAAAGCAAAUUGUAUAAAUUUUUGAAACUGGCUUUCUUUUUCUUGAAUAAGAUAUGGUAUUUCAGUAAAUCCCCUAAAAAUAGAGGGAAAAUUUUUGUAGUUGUCAGUGUGUGUUUAGAGCAAGUCAGUGCUGACAUUAUUGCCUCAUUAAACUAAUUUGGAAAUCGCUUCGGAGAAUAGCGCCAUCUCUAAUUUGUUGCCUCAUUUUUAAAUGCACUUUUAAAAAGAUCUGCAUCAGAUUACUUCUAAGACAGCUAUGUAAAGGAGAAAUUUGAAGCAUUUGAGUAUUCGCUUUAAAUAGUCCCAGCCCAGAUAUUUAAUAGGAUUAAUUAAAUCACAGAUUUCCACUGUGUUGUGUAAACAACUGACAAAAAAUUUUAGGGCAGAAAAUAUAGUGGAUAUGCCAGCUUCAUUAUAUUUGAGUCGCUUUUUGCGUUACUUUCCUGUAAUAUCCCUAAUGCAAAAGCUUUUGUUCCUUUUUUGAUGCAGUUGGCAAGAUAAUCAAGAGAGAUUUCCUAGUGAUUAUGAUCUAGUGCCUCCUACAGGAUGUACAUACACACAAAUGGACGAGUUUUAACUGUGCUAAAAUAAUUCCUAUUUGCUCUAGUAACUGUCAAUGGCAAAAUGUUAAAAUUUCAAAUUUUAAAAAAAUAAUUGUUUGUGUUAAUAGAAUAUCCCCAUUUCUGUUUUUGCCUAAAUUGUAAUCCUGGCUCUGCUACCGAUUUGUUACCUGUGUGACCUUGGAAAACUCAUUGUACCUUCAGAGGCCUUCGUUUUAUCAUCUAUAAAUUGGGGAGAUUAGAUGAAAUGAUCUCUGAGGUCCCUUCUGGGUUCUGAUCCUUGACCUAUUGUCUCUAAGAGCUGGCUUUUUUUACAUCCAUCUCCUCAUUGGACAAAUGAGGAAAAGGACUUUUCCUAAACUCUCCCAAGUGGAGAGGCAGCUGUUGAAUGGACUCUGCUUCCAGGUAGGAGGAUUUCCCCUGAUGCUCCUGGGCUCAUUCUGCUGCAUCCCCUGCUGGGAAAAAGUCUUUUCAAAUGUGCAUUCAAAGCAGAAAGAACUUGAAUUUUUUCUUUCUAAUUCCUCAUACCAUCAAGGACAGGCUAAACCCUGGCCACUUAAAAUAACCGUGCUAAAUCGAAUCCCCUUCCUUCCUCUUUUAAAUUAAUCAUCAUCCAGGGCAGCUAAGGUGAAGUCAGGAAGACCUGAGUUCAAAUCUGACCUCAGACACUUAUCACUUCCUAGCUGUGUGACCUUGGGCAAGUUACUUAACCCCAAUUGCCUCAGCAAAAUAAAUAAACUAAUCAUCAUCCACUCGGCUUUAUUUUGGUAAUGUAAAGAUUGCUCAACUAUGUAGGUCUAAGAUAAGAUUUCUAUUUUAACAACAAAAAAAUUUAUAUUAUUUAUUAAAUCCAUGCGUUUCAUUAAUUUCUAAAACAUUCCAUAUUAUUCUUGCUGCUUUUUUUUUUUUAAAUCUGUAUAGUUUGGUAUUUAAAGAGAUAACAGUUCUUUUCACAUAGGAGAAAUGUCUUUUUCAAAAAUGGAAUUAAAUGAAUUUUUUAAAACUCUGUUCAGCUUACCCAUUCCCAGAAAUUCAGAGGUUUCUUUUUUUGUAACUAAAAAAUUAGCUCAUGUUAACGUAAGUCGAGUUUUAUGCAGCAGCGUGACGGUCGAUCACCAAGGAAUAGAUUACACAGCCUAAUUCUUUUUGCCUGUAAAACAUACCUGCCUUUUGGUGUCUCACUGAAGAGCUUGCCAUGAAAUACUGCUUUAAUCUACCUCUUUCAAAAGAAGCUUCAUUCUGGUUGACAAAUUCCAGUUUGGCUAUGAUAUAACGGAUUAAUGGAGCACGUUUUCGGUUCAUUUCUUACUCUUAGUUGUUUCCUAUGUGAUUUAGAUUUUUUUUUUCCUUAAGUCUAUUGAAUUUUGGGGGAAUUCUAUGACUGAUGGAGACUCGGAGCCUUCUACGUAUGAGAUCUUUCAGGAUCUAUGUUAUUGCUGCUGUUUCUGCUGAGUGUUCUUUUUUUUUUUUUUUUUUUUUUAAGGCCAGGAGACCCAUCUCUGAUUAGAGUUGACCUGGUCUCGGUGAAAAAUAUUGAUCAAAUAUGAGAUCAGACUAUAGCUGUAAUGGAGUAGCAUUUAUAUAGGAGAGCUAAGUAUUAAGUGCAACUUGUAGGGGGUGGUGUGUGCCUUGAAUUUGAAUGGAAUCAUUCCCUUCCCCUGGCCACUUCAAAUUAGUUUGGAACAUGAUAUUAGAGAGAUAAUCCAUGUGUAUCGUGGGUUAUCGCUGAAGUCCUGGUGGGGAAAAAAAUGGGAAAAAAACCAAAACCAAUAAUGAAGUUGUUAAUUUUUUAAAGAGCAGUUUCUACACAGCCUAAUAUUAUUUAGUUACAUAUUCUCUUCUGCAAAUUUUAGAAAUUUAGGAGCAUAUUCACAUUCUAGUAGAAUCAAUUAUGAAAACUUCUAAAAGGACCUCGAUUUUUGAUUGGGAGAGUUAACAUAAAAGGCCAGUAUUCCUGUAAAUAACCCAAGCUGUCAUACCUAGGAAGCAUCCUUGUCUGUUCUCUUCUGAACUUUGGCCCUUUCCUAUUUAUUGUGCAAAUCAAGUUUUUUUUUUUUUUUUAAUUUCUUGGUAUACCGCCUAAGAAGUGCACGUUUUAAGUCUUUUCUUCCUUGGAAACUGUUCCCCACUUAUGGCAACCGUCAGCACUGUUCAGGACGUGCCAUACUUGGUCAAUACUAUUGUCUCCGAGAGCUAUUUUGGAGCAAGCUAAGUUGGUUAUUUUCUGUGUUGGUCAAUUGCUUAUAUAAAAAACAUCCCAAUAAAAGAACCUGCCAAUGUA